AUGAACUGUGUGUGCUGUUUGAAAAGGGUGGAUCUUGGAUUUGGUGUUAUGGGCAGAAUGCUGAAGCUCGGGUUUAAGCCGGACUUGGUGGCCUUGAACAUUCUGAUCAAUGGACUCUGCAUCGAGGGGAAACUUUCGAGAGCUGUGCAAUUAGUUGAUUUUAUGGAGUUUAGAGGCUACGAACCUGAUGCGGUCACCUAUGGAACAAUAAUUAAGGGCAUUGUGAGGACGGGCAAGACGUCUCUGGCCCUUGGGUUGCUCCAGAAGUGGAAGGGCAGAAGCUGCAGGCUUGAUGUUGUUACGUACAACACUGUAGUCGAGGGCCUUUGCAAGGAAGGAAGAUUGACAGAGGCUUUUCAACUCUUCAGCAGGAUGACAGAUAAAGGUGUUCAACCCAAUGUUGUCACUUACAACUCCCUGAUUCAUGCUAUUUGCUCCGAAGGACGAUGGGAAGACGUUGAGGUACUUUUGCAGGGAAUGACCCAAAAGGAUAUCAUUCCGAAUGUGCUAACCUUCAACAUAGUUAUAGAUGCACUAUGUAAGGAUGGGAUGCUUUCGGAAGCAGAAUCUGCUUUUCAUGCUAUGAUUCGAAGAGGUAUCGAGCCUGUUGUUGUCACGUACAGUUCUCUGAUUGCUGGAUACCGUCUUCAUAAUAGAAUGGAUGAUGCUGAGAAUUUAUUUAAUUCAAUGGUUGAAAAUGGUUGCCUCCCUGAUGACAUUACUUACAAUACAAUGAUAGAUGGAUAUUGCAAGGGGAAAGCAAUGGAUAAAGCAGUGUAUAUGUAUCAUCAAAUGCUUGAAAAGGGUCUGAUUCCAACCAUUGUAACAUACAACACUCUCAUUGGCGGCUUUUGUCAGAUUGGAAACAUGCAGGCUGCAGAGGAACAUCUUAGGAAGAUGCAAAAUGUCGGUCACCCUCCAACCAUUCAGACAUGUUCUAUCCUCUUGGACGGAUACUGUAAACACGGUCAUCUUGAUAGGGCAAUGACCAUGUUUCAGCAAUUAGAAGAUCGAGGGAUCGGUCCCAGCAUCAUCAUCUACACUAUCCUCAUAAAAGGAUUGUGCUACGCCAGGAAAGUUGAGGACGCUAAGAGACUCUUUAGAACCAUGCUCAGGAACGGGUGCCAACCUGAUGUAGUGAUCUUUAACACGCUCAUGAACGGAUUAUGUAAGGAAGGCCAUGCAGAUGAGGCCAGUAAGUUGCUCCAAGAAAUGGGAGAGAGAGGAUGUUCCCUAAAUGCCACCUCUUACAACAUUCUGAUUAGGGCCGCUCUUCAGAACAAUGAAGAGUUAAUCGCUCUAGAGCUUCUCCGCAAAAUGCGUGGUAGUGGCUUUGUUGUUGAUGCAUCUACUGCGGAACUGCUCUUGGAUGACAGAUUGGACUCAAACUUUCUCCAACUCAUACAGAAGCUCCCAUAGAAUCUUAUUUUCUAGCUGAUAGCUUUUUGUUGAAACCAGUGUGAUAUUUCGUUGGAUUUAAUUGUAUAUUAUGUUAUAUAUCUAUAGAUUUGCUAGAAGAAAGCAUGAGAGUGAGGGUUGUAACAUUUGCUUGUUUGCUGAUGGAAAGCGUUUGAAAAUAUAUCUCUGUGUUUUGUAUAUUUUGCAUCAUUCAAUUCCUGUUUAUCGAAUGUAAUAUUAUGUUUCUUUAAAAUAUGUAGAAUAUUCAAAGGG